CUCCAUUUCUUUCAGGUAUGUCGUGAAUUUCAAAGAUGUACUUGCACGCGACAACCUAAUGAUUGUCGCUAUGCACACCCACCUGAAAAUGUAACGGUCGACCCUUCCGACAACAUGGUAACAGUGUGUAUGGAUUACAUGAAGGGAAAGUGUACACGGGACACAUGCAAAUAUUUUCACCCUCCACAUCACCUGCAGGCACAGAUUAAAGCUGUGCAACAAAGGGCUAAUGCUGUAGCUGUGCCGACUCGAGCUCUGCCGCAAGUGGUUGAGGUCUUGACGGGCAAGAAGCGACCUCGUGAGCCUGCAGACGAUCUCGUUACUCUGGGUGGUCUUACCGGUGCACCUUAUGCCAAACGUGUGGCUGUGGCAGAUAGUAAAAGUGGCGUCCCAGUCUAUCAACCUGGCAAUGUGGCCUACCAGCAGGCCCUUGCAAUGCAACUUCAACAGCCAUACUUACCAGUAACAUAUUCAUCCACAAAGCUGAAUGAAAUUCAACCGUAUUUUACUUAUUCUUCAACCAAGCUGAAUGAACCUUAUUUCACUUGUGUAACUAGCAACUUGGAGUACAGUGCUGGACUCCCGCACCUCACUCAUGUCCCUCCAUCACAUCUGCCCAGCUGGCUCAUUGUCCAAACCGAUGGUUGCCUACAACAGCCUAGCAGUACCCAGUCACCCACAGUGCCGAUGAUUGCCAACACUAACCAGCCUGCAUCGAUGGCAAGUGCUGCUACUAGCACCACCUCACUUCCUACUAAUGCUGCUAGUGUAAAUUACUUUGAUGAGAACAACCAGUUGCUGGACACCCUCCCACUGUGCCGCGAUUUUAAGUCUAGCCAGUGUAACAGGCCACAAUGUAAGUUUGUGCAUCUAAUGGAGGAUUAUGUUGAAGUGACGGAGGGCAAGGUGACUGUGUGCCGUGAUUCAGUUAAGGGGAAGUGCCGAAGACACCUGUGCAAAUACUAUCACAUCCCUGUUAUAUUAUCAGCCCUUGCUGCUCCCAACUUGACCACUUGAGAAGCAGCAGCAGCAGCAGCAGCAGCCGACCUACUACUACUACUACUACUACAGCAACUUUCUACUACUUCUAUUACAACUACAUCUGCAACCACUAUUACAACUGCAACUACUACUACUACUACUACUACUACUACUACUACUACUACUAUUCUUACUGUUAUUACUUCAGUGGACAGUGUUGUUGUUGUUGUUGUCGUCUUUGUUUUAUUGCAUCACUACAAGAUUAUUAUUAUUAUUAUUAUUAUUAUUACUAUUAUUAUUUUUAGUGGGGAGCCUACACUGAUCAUUCUAGACUCUCUUACUUUCUCAUUCUCUAUCUAUCUAUCUAUCUAUCUAUCUAUCUAAGUAUCUAUCGAUUUAUCUAUCUACAUGUCUGUCUAUGUGAAAGGGGGAUUAAGAAAAGAAAAAAAAAAGAAAAAAAGAAAUAGGCUCAAUCAAUGUAGCAGUACUAAUAGCUGCAGUAGUAGCAGUAAUAGAAGUUAGUAGUAGUAGUUGUAGUAGUAGUAGUAGUAGUAGUAGUAGUACUAAUAAUAAUAGUCUUACAUGACUGACUGG